AUGUGGAGCUUUGAAGCACAACUAGUAAAGAGGGUGGUGAAUGACGUGAUUAAGACAUUGGACAGAGUGUCAUUAGAAGUUGCCAAGCACCCUGUGGGAAUGGAAAGGAUCGCUGAGGAUCUCAUCCAGAAAUUUAAACUCAAUUUAGAAGGAGGUUUGGUUAAAUCUGGAAUAUUGGGUAUUGGUGGUAUUGGUAAGACCACACUUGCUAAGGCCAUGUUCAACCAGGUUUACGCUCAUUUUGAUGCUACUUCCUUUGUCUUUAAUGUCCGCACCACUGUUGCAGACUCCGUGUGCCUGACAAAGUUGCAGAAACAAAUCCUUAAAGAUUUAACCAACUAUGAUGGAAAAGUGCAGAGUGUUGAGAAAGGCAUAUCUUUGUUCAGAGAUCGUUUGGGUGGAAAACGUGUGCUUCUGAUUUUAGAUGACAUGGAUGGUAGGGAGCAAUCAGAGGCUUUGCUUGGGGAUUGGUUGGCACCUGGUAGCAGAGUUGUUAUUACUUCUAGAGACAAGCACAUUCUCCAUGUUGCGGGGGUCUCACCUGAAUGCAUUCACGAAAUGAGUGGCUUGCAGACAAAUGAAGGUCUUCAGCUAUUUAGUUGGCACUCUUUUCUUCGAGCAUCUCCAAGUCCAACUUACGAAGCUUUCUCCAAAAGAAUAGUGGAGGCUUGUAAAGGGCAUCCUCUAUCACUGGAAGUCAUUGGAUCCUUGUUGUAUGAUAAGAAGAAUGAUCCAGAUUGCUGGACAGAAGCCUUCCACAACAUUGCACUCCACCCAAAGAUUUAUGAAAUACUCAAAAUCAGUUACAGUGGUCUUAGUGAAGAAGAAAAAGAAAUAUUUCUAGACAUCGCUUGCUUCUUCAUCGGAGAACACAAAAGGUAUCCUAUUGUUUUCUGGAAAUCUAUGUACAGGUCGGUACACACAGCCAUAUCUAAUCUUUCUCUGAAGUUACUUGUAAGGAUUGACGACAAAGGUGUGUUUCAUAUGCAUGACCAUUUGCGAGAUAUGGGGCGAAGCAUUGCUGAAAAAGAAAGAGAGGGUACCCGAGUAUGGGAGGCAGUUCAUCUAAGCAGGGGAGAAUCCAAUAACAACAAUUUCUCUCGCCUUCGACUCAGUGGAGGUAAUUCACAAAGGCUUGAAACAUUGUACAGACCUGGUCUACGAUUUCUUCACUUGAAGAAUCUGACCCUUGACGGAAUCACGCCAGCCAUACUUCCUCCAAAUUUGAUAUGGUUACGGUUGCAAAAUUGUGAGAAGCCAUUUCAGUCCAGUCUUGUGCGUAACGUUUGGUUCUUUGCGAUACAGGGGGCAUUUCACUUCAGUCUUGUGGAUAACAUUUGGGAUCUGAGGAUAAUGCAAGUAGACGGUGAUAUUCCCAGUUUCCAAUAUUUACUUUUUAAUAUUCUUGGCAACUUGUUACAGUUACAGCAUUUAGAGUUGAGAAACUGCAGAAAUUUAAAUAAGGUCCCUUGUACCAUCGGCAACCUGUCACAGCUGCAGCGUUUGGAUUUAUCAUGGUGUACAGAAUUAAAUAAGCUCCCUCAUACCAUUGGCAACCUGUCACAGCUGCAGCAUUUAGAUUUAGGAGGGCUUAAAUUAAAUAAGCUUCCUCACACUAUUGGCAAACUGUCACAGUUGCAUUAUUUAGACUUGAGUUGGUGUCAAAAAUUAAGUGAUCUCCCUCAUAGUAUUGGCAACCUAUCACAACUGCAGUAUUUAGACUUGAGUGCCUGUGAAUGUUUAAAUAACCUCCCUGACACCAUUGGCAAUCUGUCACAGCUGCAGUAUUUAAAUUUAAAUUGCUGUAAGAAAUUAAAUAACCUCCCUUGUACCAUUGGCAAGCUGUCAAAGCUGCAAUGUUUAGAUUUAGGGGGUACAAAAUUAAAUAAGCUCCCUAAUACCAUUGGUAACCUGUCACAUCUGCAGCAUUUAUAUUUAAGAUGGUGUACAAAAUUAAAUAAGCUCCCUUGUACCAUUGACAAACUGUCACAGCUGCAGUGUUUAGAACUGAAAGGAUGUCAAAACUUAAAUGAUCUCCCUUAUACUAUUGGCAACCUACCACAACUGCAACAUUUAGACUUGAGUAAUUGUCAAUAUUUAUAUUUUCUUCCUAAAUCUAUAGGCAAACUAUCGCAGCUGCAGUAUUUAGACUUAAAUUGGUGUACAAAUCUAAGUGAUCUCCCUGAAACUAUUGACAAUUUAUCACAGCUGCGGCAUUUAUAUUUAUGUCAUACAAAAUUAAACAUCCUCCAUGAUACCAUUGACAAUCUACCGCACCUCCAAAUAUUUCAGGAGGGAAUAGAAGCAAAAGAAGCUGCCUGA